AUGGACGCCUACAUCCAAUCUUCUCGAGUCAAGAUGCAACUCACUCAAAUCCUUGCUACCAUUGCCGUUUUGGCUGCCGGUGCCUCUGCUUCCGGUGGCUCUGGCCACCACAGGCCUCACCGUCCAUCCAACAGACUGCAGAUCCAAGAUGUCAAAUGCCACUCUGGUGCCCCUUACUGCUGUUCUCCCGAGAAGGAUGUCGGAAGCACCUGCUCCAAGUUGACCGGAAGCGCUGUCAACUGUGACAGCGUUGUUGUCUGCUGCACCAACGAUGGAGAUGACCGUGGCCAGUCCUGCUCUGCUGGCGUCGCCCACCCAAUCACCUUCAUUGACCUCGAUACUAAGUUCAGAAUCGACCACAACAAGGCUAACCACAACAAGGUCCACGUCAAGCAACGCCGUGGUGACAAGUACGGCAAGGACUACAAGGACUACGGCCACGGCCACAAUGACUAUGACAACAAAGACUAUGGCCAUGGCCGCAAGGACUAUGGCUACGACAACAAGGACUACGGAUACAAGGGAUAUGACAACAAGGGAUAUGACAACAAGGGGUAUGACAACAAGGGGUAUGACAAGGGAUAUGACAACAAGGGAUAUGACAACAAGAACUAUGGAUACAAGGGAUACGACAAGGGAUACGGAUACAAAGGAUACGACAACAAGGGAUAUGGAUACAAGGGAUACGACAACAAGGGGUACGAUAACAAGGGAUAUGGAUACAAGGGAUACGACAACAAGGGGUACGACAACAAGGGAUACGACAACUACUACUAA